GUGCGUAUGAAUGUGUUGGAUGCACAACAAUUGAAUAAAAAAAUCAAUUAAAAUAUAUAUAUAUAUAGAAUCAAAAUAUUUUCACUCUGAUUGCUAAUUGUAUUAAGUGCAUUUUAAAAGUAUACCAACAACAUCGGCAUCACGCGUGCAGAUAAAUUGUUUUUGUUUCUCGUAAUAUAAAAAAGCUGCAAAACUGGAUAUCGUAAAAAUUGAGGAUUUGCUGGACUCUGAUCCAGAUAUAGAAAUUAUUGAGAAAGAUAGCGGCAUGUCAUCGUUGGGGGGCAGUCAGGAAGAGACACCAGAGCGUCGUACUGUGGUGGCGAAAACUGGCAGUAACAACCGUAGUGACGAGCCGGAAAACUAUGAUGAUGAGCCAAAUGAAACGCUGUCUGAACGUCUAUGGGGUCUCACAGAAAUGUUUCCGGAGCCAUUGCGCAGCUUCACAGGCAAGGUUACUGACGUGACUGUCCGUGGUGUCAAAAAGCUUUAUAAGUUCACAUGCAAUGCUUCGUGGAUCUUCUUCACAAGUUCAGUUAUCCUGUUUGCACCCGUUAUCUUUGAGACUGAGCGUGCACAGAUGGAAGAGAUGCAAAAAUCGCAACAGAAGCAGGUGCUGCUGGGUCCUGGUUCCGCUAUGGCUGCUACUGGUCCCCCACAGUCAAACUUAUCUCAUAUGCGAUAAGUUUUUCACACACAUGGUACAUAAAUAAUAAAUCUUUUACUUUUUAAUGUUAAAAAUAUAUUCCGUAGUAGUUGAUGAAUUUGAAUUAAACAGUUUUCAACCAAACACA